AUGGAAAAUUAUCAUUUAAUAAAUGGACAACCAGAGGCUCUUGAUUUUACAUCACCAAAAAAAGAAUACAUUGAUUCAGCACCAGCAUUGGAUUUAUCAUUUAAAAAAUUAUCAGAUGUUAAAAAUACAUCAUACAUGUUGUCUCCAUCAUCAUCUAAUUUUUCAUCAUCACCACCAUCAAGUGAAUCAAAUAUGGAUCAACAUGAUAGAUCAUUCAAUGAUGAUGAUAAAAAUUCAUAUCAUGAAAGUACGUAUAUGGUUACAACACCACCACCAGAUUCACCAAAAAUAAAUAAAUACAAUGAUACAAUUUAUGCUGGUUUAAAUUCAACAAAUGAUGAAUUAAUUAAUAAUCAUUAUUCAAGAAUGCAAAUGUUUUUACCAACAGUUGUACCAUCAAUGAUUGGACCAUUAUUAACAACAAGUGGUGGUACUGUACAACAAAUGCAACUACCAAUAACAUCUUCAUCAUCAUCAUCAUCGUCCUCAUCAAUAGCAUCAACAGUAAUUCCACCAACAGCCAAAACAAAUGAUUUACCAAUGAUUAUACAACAAGAUACAAACAAAAAAGCACCAAGACCAUUCAAAGCAUAUCCAAAAGAUCCAUUAUCAUUAACAAUGGGACCAGAAUUAAUGUAUGAUCAAAAUUCAAAUGGUUUAUAUAAUGCAUUUCGUAAAAGAAUGCUAGAAUCAGUUAAACGUACAAAUGAAGGUACAAAUAUUAAAAUGCGUAGAAUAUCAAAUAAAAGUCCAACAUUACCAACAAGUACAAUGGAUGAAAAAGAUGCUGCAUAUUGGGAAAGAAGAAAAAAAAAUAAUGAAGCUGCUAAAAGAUCAAGAGAUGCUAGAAGAGCUAAAGAAGAUGAAAUUGCAAUACGUGCUGCAUAUCUUGAACAAGAAAAUGUCAAAUUUAAAUUUGAAAUAAUGGCAUUACAACAAGAAGUUAAUAAAUUAAGAUCAAUUGCAUAUAGAAAUUAA